CUACAAGAUUAACCAGUGCUUGGCUGGACACUGAUAGAAGUCACAAGACUGCUCUAACUGCUGAUGAGAAAAGGUAUUUAGCAGUUUAUAUUUACUAAAAUAAUUGCAUUUCCAUGUUCCGUGUACUGUGGGAGACCAGAUAUAGUGAAUUCAGGGUCCAGGGUUUAGUAACACUUUGGGUAAGUAAAUCUCCUUUUAUUGUUUCCCUAGACAUAAAUGAGCAAUUAACUCUUUCAGUGCAGUCACAGCCCCACUGCAAGGGAUAACUUUUUAUUUCUUCGGAGUUGGGCUUUA